GCCGCAGCACCGAAAGCUGCCAGAGAGUUUAACGCAUCCCGACGCUUGCCAUUCCCAGGCGAGAAAUUUAUCAUCAAGCAGACCUCUAACCGUCACACCACCACCACCCCCCGCCGAACGUCUCCGCCGUCAAUUGCCUCGACCCCCCGGCCCACUUCCACCGGCCACACCAACUCCCGCGAGCUUUCACUCCUUUCCAGUCCAACCAACCUCCCGCCAAAAUGUUCCGCACCGCCGUCCUCCGGUCCGUCGCUCUUGCGUCGCGGACCGCCGCUGUUCGCUCUGCCGCUGCCCACUCCCUCAGAUUAGCCGCCCCCUCCGCGGCCAAGAGCUUCGUCCCCAAGGCCUCUGCCAGCUGGGCUCUUCAAAUGCGCGGUUAUGCGUCGGGUGGUGGUCUCACGAAGCAGGAGGUCUACGAGAGAAUCAAGGAGCUUCUGUCUGGGUUUGACAAGGUCAACAACCCCGAGAACAUUACGGAAACCGCCCACUUCGCCAAUGACCUCGGGUUGGACAGCUUGGAUACCGUUGAGGUUGUCAUGGCUAUUGAGGAGGAGUUCAGCAUUGAGAUCCCCGAUAAGGAUGCCGACACCAUCCACAGUGUUGACAAGGCCGUCGAGUAUAUUACUUCCCAGCCUGAUGCCAACUAAGCAGUUGUUGCCGGCUUAAUAAUGGAUGGGGGGAAAACAACCACAUAGAGCACCAACAAUUGUAUUUUGUAUUUGGGCCGUUCUUGUCGCCGCCAUUGCCGCCUGUCC